GUUACUACUUUAUUUUAAGUUGUGAUAAGUGUUAAAAUAGCAAUUUAUUUUAGAUAAAAUAUAUUUUUAUCAAUAAAUAUGCAUAUUAUUAUUAUAUUUUCAUUCCAAUUGUUAGUAAUUACUUCAUAUGUUAAAGCUGCACCUACAACAGAAAGAGCAACAACGUGCAUUUGUAAAUAUGUAGACGAAACGACAGAAAAUAAUCAGAAAACAGAAAAAGCUACUGGUACUCAACUGAAAACUUAUAAAAAAUCUACAACACUUCCUGGAAUAAGUGCUGCAUUUUCUUCUUAUGUGACAAGAAAUGGUAUAGUCAAAAGUACAACAGAGAUUCCAAGCACUACUGAAAAAGUUGUAUUGACUACAAAGCAGGUUGGUAAUUCUGCUACUAGUAGGAUUACAACAUUAAGUGCAGGUACUGCUUCGUUCGCAACAAGAGCAGAAAGUGGGAAUAUUAUAAAAACAACAAAUGCAGAGUUGAUGACAAAAUCUUCAACGAGUGAAACAAUUACUACAGUACCAAAUUCACCAAGUACUACGGGAAGAGUUUUGUUAUCUACAAAGCAGAAUGGUAUUUCUAGCACUAGUGGACUCACAACAAAAGGUGCAGGAACUACUACGUUUGCAACAAAAACAGGAAGUAGGAAUACAAUAACAGCAACUAAUAAAGCAACAACAAAAUCAUCUUCAGGUGAAAUAUUUACAACAAUGCCUUAUUCACCAAGUACUACUGAAAAAGUUUUGAUAUCUACAAAGCUGACUGGUAUUUCUGGUACUAGUGGGCUUGCAACAAAAGGUGCAGAAAUUACUACAUUUGCAACAAGAACAGGUAGUUGGAAUGCAAUAACAUCAACUAAUAGAGCAAGAACGAAAUCAUCUUCAGGUGUAAUAAUUACUGCAGUGCCAUAUUCACCAAGUACUACUGGAAGAGUUUUGUUAUCUACAAAGCAGACUGGUAUUUCUAGCACUAGUGUACUCACAACAAAAGUUGCAGAAACUACUACGUUUGCAACAAAAACAGGAAGUGGGAAUACAAUAAAAACAACAAAUACAGUGCUUAUGACAAAACCUUCUUCGAGUGAAGCAAUAACUAUAGUACCAUACACACAAAGUACCACUGAAAAAGUAUUGUCAUCUACAAGGCUCGUUGGUAAUUCUGGUACUACUGGGUUUACGACAUUAAGUGCAGAAAGUACUAUGUUAGGUACAAGAUCAGGAAGUGGGAAUACAAUAACAUCAAGUAAUAGAGCAACAACCAAAUCUUCUUCAGAUGAAACAAUUAAAAAUGUACCAUAUUCACCAAGUACUACAGGAAAAGUUUUGUUAUCUACAAAACAGACUGGUAUUUCUGGCACUAGUCGACUCACAACAAAAGGUACAGAAAUUCUUACAUUUGCAACAAGAACAGGAAGUGGGAAUACAAUAAUAUCAAGCAAUAGAGCAACAACCAAGUCUUCUUCAGGUAAAACAAUUACAACUGAUCCAUAUUUACCAAGUACUACUGGAAAAUUUUUGUUAUCUACAAAGCAAACUGAUAUUUCUGGUACAACCAGCACCCCAAUAUUACGUACAGAAACUACUUCGGUCACAGCAAAAAUUGGAAGUGGAAAUAUAGUAACAGCAAUUAAUUCAGCAACAACGAAAUCAUCUGCAGCCGGUACCACUACUCUUACAGCAAAAACAAAAGUUUCAGAAGGAAUCUUAGCUAAGGAUGCUGAUAAAUUGCAGGAUUAUUAUUGCAAGAAGUGUCGUGAAUACUCGCGCACCUAAAAAUCGUGCUUACGAUAUGAUAAAAGUAAACAAUAUUAUUUUUUAGAAUUAUCUUUACAGAAAAAAAAUUAUUUUUAAAUAAUAAUGUUAAAUAAUUUUUCCAUUCAGUUAAAUUGUUUUUCUAAUUUUUGAAUAUUAAUAUUUAUCCUUAAAAAUUUAUGAAGAAGUAAGAAGAAAAAUCAUACAAAAAAAAGGAGUCUGAAAACGUUUAUAUCUUAAAAUUGUAGUGAUUGAAAUGUAACAAAUUUUUAAGCUAUUUUAAAGCAAGAUUGUUUGUUGUAGGAUUUAAAAUUAUACUAUCAAGGCUAAAGUUCAACCAAACAUUAUUCUAAUGUAAAAGGUUUCAGAUAAAAGUGAUCUAAAAGUAAAAAUUAUAGAAAUCGUAAAACUAAAUAAAUUGCGGAAAGUCGUA